AUGGCCGUGGGCUGCUCGUGCGUGGCCGCGGGCUCCGUCUGCCUUGGAGCACCCCCUCCGGCUCUCCUCUCCCGCUGCUGGAUUAAAUCUGAGUUUACCCCGACCCUGCUGUCAGAAGAGAAGGAGGGCCAGGCCCCAAUACCCACCCGGGUCCCACAACGGGAGCCGGAUUCGCGCCGGCUCCGAGAGCCGCCGCCGCCGCCGCCGCCGCCGCCGCCGCCGCCGCUACCGCCGCCGCUAUCGCCGCCAGUGCAGCCAGCUCCCGGGCUCCUCGCGCCCCCACCUCCGCCGGCCCCCGCGGGGGCACUUGCAGUCCCCUGGGGCAUCGGAGUUGCCCGGCUGGACGAAUCAACACCAGAGAAGAGCAAUGACCAGAAAAACGGAGAAGUUGCUGACACUCCAGGGAGCUCCGAGACGGAGUUCACCACCCUUGGGGAAGUCGAAACCGAAGGGGACAUGGAAGAUGAGGGGGACUUGGAAAUGGAAGGGGAGGCGGAGUUUGAACAGGAGUUGGAGCCCGAGAUGGAAACCGUGCUCCCCGAAGGGAAAGUCGGCUCUGCAGACCUGACCUAUUCAGACAUCAGUCCUGAGGACGAGGAGGCAGAGGGCUCCACACCCCCAGACGACAGCGCGAGGACGGAGGAAGGACCCGAUGGGGAGCUGCCGCAGGAGGCGUCCCCCCCGGGCCUGCAGCACCGCCGGACGCUGAGCCAGCCGAGCGGACUCACCUUGGGCGAGCUGUCCCUGUCCACGGAGGAGCCAGGCUUCUCCCUGGAGGACUCGGGUGCCCCCGCCAGGGCAGAGUCCCUGCCCUCCUUCCUGGACAGGAUCCAGCAGCUGAGCCUCUCCGAGGAGGGGACCGCAGAGCCGGUGGAGUCCGAGGGCAGCGAGGAGGUGGACGAGGCGUCCCAGCUGCUGGUCUUGGACCCGAACCACCCCCUGAUGCUAAGGUUCCAGACUGCCCUGAAGAGCUACCUGACCCGGCAGAUCGAGAAGCUGGACCUGGAGCUUCGCGGGCUGGACGUGGCCACCAAGCAAAGCCGAGUCCAGCGGCAGGAGCUGGGGGUGGAGCUCUACAGGGUCCAGCAGCACCUGGCCCACCUGCAGGUGCAGCUGGAGAAGAGCCAUGACCGCCACUCCCUCGCGGCAUGCGACCGGCAGCGGAUGGAGCAGGAGCUGCAGCGCAUGCGCGUGCUCUACAUCAAGACCAGCGAGGCGACCAACCAGGAGCGCAAAAAGCUGGCGGCUUUGCAGGCCGAGGUGGAGACGCUGGCCCUGAACCUGUUCUACAUGCAGAACGUAGACCAGGACGUGCGGAACGACAUCCGCGUGAUGAAGCUGGUGGUGAAGAAGUCGGAAGCGGAGCGAGCGCGGGCCGAGCUGGACAAGAAGCAGCAGGACCUGCACGUGGACCAGCUGACCACCCAAGCCAACCAUCUGGAAGAACAGAUCGCCCUGUUUGAGGCCCAGUCCUUCGCCCAGGCCGAGGAGACCCGGGUGCUCAGGAAAGCUGUGAGCGAGGCUUGCACAGAGAUAGACGCCAUCCACGUGGAGAAAAAGCGGAUCCUGCAGCAGUGGGCCGCCUGCCUGGUGGGCAUGAAACAUCGGGACGAGGCUCACAGGACCAUCCAGCAGGUGGUCAGUGAGCAGCAGCACCGGCUGAGGUCCAUCGACGGGCAGGUCGAGGCCUACAGGAAGUCCAUCGUGAAGGAGGAAGAAAAGAACGAGAAGCUGGCGAGCGUCCUGAACCGGGCGCAGACCGAGGCCGGCCUGGUGCAGAAGCUGACCGCGCAGUGCCUGGCCCGGCAGGAGGUGCUCCAGGGUCAGUUCAGCAGCUACAAGCUGGUCCUGCAGGACACGGAGGACAUGCUGGGCAAGGCCCACACGGAGUACGCGGCGAGCCUGGGCGAGCUGCAGACGUUGCGCCAGAGCGCCUGGCAGGAGCUGGGCGUGAAGAGGGAGCUGGACGCCUCCAUCGUGGAGAAGCUGCAGGAGCACAUGACCUCCAACAAGAUGACCAAGUACUUCCACCAGCUGGCCCGGAAGCUGCAGAAGGAGAAGACCAACCUGGUGACACACCUUUCCAAGAUCGACGGUGACAUCGCUCAAGCCACGCUGGACAUCACCAACACCAACUGCAGGCUGGAAAUGCACCAGAGGACGCUGGCCGAGCUGGACGUGGAGGUGACAAGGGUCAACGACCUCAUCAGCAACAGCGAGAGCGAGAUCUCCAGGCGCACGAUCCUGAUCGAGAGGAAGCAGAGCCUCAUCAACACGCUCAACAAGGAGCUGGAGCAGAUGGUCUUCAAGCUGGGGGGGCAAGAGAUGGGGCCCCUGGACCUGGAAAUCAAGCGGCUGAGCAAGCUGCUGGACGAGCAGGGUGCGGACGUGACGCAGGCGCAGGUGAGCUGGCUGCGGCUGCAGCAGGACAUGGUCAAGGCCUCGCAGGAGCGCGAGGCGCAGCUGGCCGCCCUGCACCAGUUCCAGAAGGAGGCGCACAUCCUGGAGCAGAAGAAGCUGCGGAUCGAGAAGAAGAUCGACCAGGAGAAGAAGGAGCAGAAGGACAUCGAGCGGCACAUGAAGGACCUGGACAACGACCUGAGGAAGCUCAACAUGCUGGUCGGCAAGAACCGGAGCGACUCUGAGAGCCUGCAGCAGGACAACCUGGUGACCGAGAACGAGUUCGUGCACACGCUCAAGGCCUCCGAGAGGGAGGCCAUCGAGAUGCAGGAGAAGCUGGAGCAGCUGACCGCAGAGAAGACGUCCAUCAUGUACCACCUGGUGGAGGCCGAGCACCAGAUCAUGAUUUGGGAGAAACGGAUCUUGCUGGCGAAGGAGAUGCGUGCCUCCGUGGACUCCAAGACGGGCCAGACGGAGAUCCAGUCCAUGAGGGCCGAGAUCCACAGGAUGAAGGUCAAGCACGGGCAGCUGCUGAAGCAACAGGAGAAGGCGAUCCGAGACAUGGAGCUGGCCAUUGCCCACAGAGAGAGCAUCUCCACCAAGGCCGAGGGGCAGAGCAAGAUGGACAGGAAGGUGCUCACGCGGACAGACUUCCAUCACAAGCAGAUGGAGCUGCAGCGGAAGAUCAGGGACCUUCACAGAGCCACCGAGGGGUACAGCAACAGCAUCCGGGAGCUGGAAGAAACCCAGAAAUGCUUGAGCGACUCCCUCCUGGAGAAGCGGACACAGCUCUCCACCAUGCAGAGCCACACCGAGGAGCUCGAAGCCAACCUGGAGCAGCUCACGGCCCUCAAGCGACAGAAAGUCUCCGAGCUGGUGGCCCUGCAGACACGCGCCAAGCACCUACAAGCGGUGAAGGACGGCAGGUACGUGUUCCUGUUCCGCUCUAAGCAGUCGCGGCUGGAGGAGCGCAGGCGUCUGAAUGACCGGCUGGCCACCAUCAGCACCAUCCUGGACCACGUGAACGACCAGUACCCCCAGUUCCAGGAGGCCCUGCUGCAGCUCCGACAGACCAUCGCCAACCAGCUGGACUCUCCCGGGCCCUCGUAG